AUGGCGGCGCGUGUCGGCCUCCUGCUGCGCGCCCUGCCGCUGCUGCUGUGGGGCGGCCUGGACGCCCAGCUCUCCGAGCGCCGAGGCCAGGAGCUGCGCAGGGAGGCGGAGGCAUUCCUGGAGAAGUACGGAUAUCUCAGUGAGCAGGUCCCCAAAGACCUCACCGCGGCAAGAUUCGGCAAUGCCAUCAGGGAGUUCCAGAGGGUAUCUCAGCUGCCCAUCAGCGGCGUGCUAGACCCCGCCACCCUGCGCCAGAUGACACGGCCCCGCUGUGGGGUGGCAGACACAGACAGUCAGGCGGCCUGGACCAAGAGGGUCAGUGCCCUGUUUGCUGGACGCCGGGCCAAAAUGAGGCGUAAGAAACGCUUUGCAAAGCAAGGCAGCAAGUGGUACAAGCAGCACCUCUCCUACCGCCUGGUGAACUGGCCACAGCACCUCCCAGAGCCAGCAGUUCGUGGGGCCGUGCGCGCCGCCUUCCAGCUGUGGAGCAAUGUCUCGGCACUGGAAUUCUGGGAGGCCCCAGCCACAGUCCCCGCUGACAUCCGCCUCACCUUCUUCCAAGGGGACCACAACGACGGGCUGGGCAACGCCUUUGAUGGCCCAGGGGGCGCCCUGGCGCACGCCUUCCUGCCCCGCCGGGGCGAAGCGCACUUCGACCGCGACGAGCGCUGGUCCCUGAGCCGCCGCCGCCGCGGGCGCAACCUGUUCGUGGUGCUGGCGCACGAGAUCGGCCACACGCUCGGCCUGCCGCACUCGCCGGCGCCGCGCGCGCUCAUGGCGCCCUACUACAAGAGGCUGGGCCGCGACGCGCUGCUCAGCUGGGACGACGUGCUGGCCGUGCAGGGCCUGUAUGGGAAGCCCCAGGGGGGCUCCGUGGCCAUUCAGCUCCCAGGAAAGCUGUUCACUGACUUUGAGGCCUGGGACCCCCACAGACCACAGGGAAGGCGCCCCGAAAUCCAGGGUCCUAAAUAUUGCCACUCGUCCUUCGAUGCCAUCACUGUAGACGGGCAACAGCGCCUGUACAUUUUUCAAGGAAGCCACUUCUGGGAGGUGGCGGCGGACGGCAAUGUCUCAGAGCCACGCCCACUACAGGAAAGGUGGGCGGGGCUGCCCCCCCACAUUGAGGCUGCUGCGGUGUCAUUGGACAGUGGGGACUUCUACUUCUUCAAAGGGAGCCGAUGCUGGAGGUUCCGGGGCCCCAAGCCAGUAUGGGGUUCACCACAGCUGUGCCGGGCAGGGGGCCUGCCCCGCCACCCCGACGCGGCCCUCUUCUUCCCGCCUCUGGGCCGACUCAUCCUCUUCAAGGGUGCCCGCUACUACGUGCUGGCCCGAGACGGACUGCAGGUGGAGCCCUACUACCCGCGAGGCCUGAAGGACUGGGGUGGCGUCCCCGAGGAGGUCAGCGGCGCGCUGCCACGGCCGGACGGCUCCGUCGUCUUCUUCAGGGAUGACCACUACUGGCUCCUUGACCAGGCCAGACUGCGGGCGACCGCCUCGGGCCGCUGGGCCGCAGAGCUGCCCUGGAUGGGCUGCUGGCACGCCAACUCGGGGAGCGCCCUGUUCUGA